AUGGGUGGUUCAAUCAGCAAAAUGAUGGGCAAGAUCUUCGGAUCCAAGGAGAUGCGCCUGUUGAUGUUGGGCUUGGACGCCGCUGGCAAGACGACCAUCCUCUACAAACUCAAACUCGACACCGACGUAACCACAAUCCCCACCGUCGGCUUCAACGUGGAAACAGUGACCUACAAGAACACCAAAUUCAACGUCUGGGACGUUGGCGGGCAGGACAAGAUCCGUCCCUUAUGGCGACAUUAUUUCUCCGGGACUCAGGGGUUGAUUUUCGUGGUGGAUAGUUGUGAUCGGGAUCGCAUGGAUGAGGCGAAGAGGGAGUUGGAGCGGAUUAUUCAGGAUCGGGAGAUGAAGGAUGCUCUACUUUUGGUCUUUGCUAAUAAGCAGGAUGUCAGGGGAGCUAUGUCGCCGAAGGAGGUAUCCGAUGAGCUUGCGCUGGAUUCUACGGCCAAGGGCCAUGUGUGGAAGGUUGAGCCUAGCUGUGCGACUACGGGUGAGGGCAUCUUUGAGGGGUUGGCGUGGCUGAGCAAUAAUGUCAAGCUGCCACCGAAGUGA